AUGAUGAAGCGGAAUCACCGGAAGCUGGCUGGAGGAGACGUAGAGCAUCGUGAUGCUGGCAGCAGCGACGAGACUCCACCGCCUCCACCUGCUUCUCCUCCCUUCUCCCUCCCUCCCCCUCUCCCUCUCCCUAGCAGCGUCGAUGCGCUGGCAGCUGUGAAUCGCAGUAGCGGCCAGCGUCGCGAUGCCUCGACGCUGCUGGUGUCUGGGUCAACUGUGUUGGUGGAUGGUUGUGGAUCAUUCUGUGGCAACCUUACGGUUGAUUACCCUUUUACACUUCAAACUGGAUGUGGGCAUCCAGGCUUCCGAGAACUCUUAUUUUGUAUCAACGACGUCCUCAUGUUCCACAUUAGUUCUGGAUCGUAUCGCGUUCUAGACAUAGACUAUACCUAUCAAUUCCUCAUACUAGAUGACCCUCACAUGUCGACUUGUGACACAAUGGUGCUACAAGGCCGGGGCAAUGGAUUUGUGGUCGAGGAAUGGCGUGCACCAUAUUUGAACCCGACACCUGAAAACAUGUUCAUGCUACUUAAGUGCUCGCCCGCGUCCCCACUGUUCCAAGGUUUCCCCGGGAAACACUUGCCCUGUCAAAAUGUAUCAGGGAUGAGCUGCCAAGAGUACUAUGGCUGCCCAGCUUGGGACAUGUUCGGACCUAAACAUGUUGGAUUGAGGUCAGGGUCGGGCCCGCUCGAGUGCUGUGCACUGCCAUUUGAAGCCAUUAAGGCUGUGAAUCUUUCGAAACUUGAUUGCCAGGGUUAUAGUAGUGCAUAUAGUCUUGCUCCCCUGAGAGUGGCAGGGCCUGAUGAAUGGUCUUAUGGGAUACAGGUUAAGUACUCUGUACAAGGCAAAGAGUCAUUUUGUCAAACUUGUGGUGCCACUGGUGGAUCUUGUGGUUAUGACAUUGAACAUAAUAGUGAUUUGUGCAUGUGUGGAAGCUGGAAUUCUACAUCUAAUUGUGAUACAGUCCACUCAACAUCGGGCAGAAGAAAUUGGUCUUUAAUGGUUGCAAUAGCAGGAUUUGUGAUAUGUAAAGCUAUUUCGAGAUAUCCCACUACACUUGCAUGA